AUGGACGAGAAAUUACCUGAAGCUGUUGAUGUCGUUAUUUUGGGUACAGGAUUACCUGAAUCCAUGCUUGCUGCUGUUUGUUCAAAAAAUGGGUUAUCUGUCUUGACAAUUGAUAGAAACUCAUUUUAUGGUUCAUCUUGGGGAUCCUUUAGUUUUGAAAGUUUAAAAAAAUGGCUUACUUCAGAAGAUGACAAAAUAUCUUCAAAAGAUAUUGAUGUUUCAUUGGAAGAAGGUGAAAUUUAUAUUCCAUUAACAAAUAAAUAUACUAAAGAUGGUAUAUGUAAUGUAUCUUUUAAUAUAGUAGAAAAUAAACAAGAAGAUGAGACAACAAAUCUUGAGAAACUUCAAAAAAAUAGUAGAAAAUUUUCAAUUGAUUUAUGUCCAAAACUUUUAUUAUCCGAUGGCAAAAUGGUAAGUACUCUAUGUGACUCAGAAGUCAGUAAAUAUGUUGAAUUUGUCAAUGCUGAGAGAUUAUUGUGCCUUAAAAAAGUUACUAAAGAUGUUGAAUCAUAUAAAGAAUAUAUAACAAAAGUACCUUGUUCGAAGGCAGAUGUCUUUAAGACAACAUCUAUAACCAUGUUAGAGAAAAGGAUAUUAAUGAAAUUUAUGACAGAAGUCUUGAAUUGGCAUUUUCAUAGAGAAGAACAUGAAUGGAAGGAUGUUUUAGAAGGUGACUUUGAUGAAUUGUUAGAGAAACAAAAAAUUGGAGGACAACUAAAAGAAUAUGUUAUGGAUUUAAUAGCAAUAUUAAGAGAAAUUUCAAUAGGAAAAUAUGGUAAUUCACCUUUUUUAUAUCCUUUAUAUGGUGUUGGAGAAUUACCUCAGGGAUUCAGUCGUUUAUCAGCUGUAUAUGGUGGAACAUUUUGCUUAGAUAAUAAUAUUGAUGGUUUUGUGAUAAAAGAUAACAAAAUUAUUUUUGUCGUUACUGGUGGUCAGAAAAUAAAAUGUAAAACUGUUAUUUGCAAUGGAGGUUAUAUACCAGAUAAAUAUUUUAAUAAAGAUAAUGUAGAAACGAUGGUUGAAAGAAUUAUCAUUAUUAGUAAUAAACCAAUUACUAAAUUUGAUUCUGAAGAAAGUGAAACAAAAGUUGGAAUUGUUAAUUUAGCAUCAAUAAAUGAUGGAGUUAGGUGUUGUCUAAUUGAAACUGGUUAUCAUGGUCAAACAGCUCCAAAAGGUUAUUAUGUUUCUCACAUAACUUCAGAUAAAUUUUCUGAUGAAUUUAUUAAUGAAUCUUUGGAUAAACUUUAUAUAAAUUCAGAAGACAAAACUUCAAGUAUAAUGAUGAAGAUUCGAUUUUCUAUAAAGAAGAUAGAUGAAUUAAUAGAUCUCGAUAAACUUCCAACAAAUGUUUAUGUCACUCCAACAACAGAUUCAGAAUUAAAUUUCAGGAAUAUUAUAUUAAAAUGUGAUUAUUUAUCCCAAAGUAUAUUGGAAGAUAAGUAA